UUGAAGUUAGGCAAAUCUGCAACGGUGUACAGCUAUAAUUUCCUACAGAAGACUAGCUGCGAGGUGCCUUUUGAGGGUAGCACUCAAGGUGAAAUAGAAGCUUCCAUUACAAUAGCUGCAGCACCUUGGGGGUAUUUGCUUCAGUCUAUCUCUUCUUCACCAUGCACAAUUUCGGUGCAUCCAGGCCAGAAGCCAGCCUCUUCCUUGAUGGAAAAUUCAUUUGAGAAAGAACAUGAGCAAGAAGAUGAUCCACGGGUUUAUUAUCUGCGACAAAUCUUCUUCCAAAAAUUUAACGAUUGCAUGGGAGAUAAAAGAACAAACUCGUAACAAUGAUGAAGAUAACUGAAGGUCCUAAACAUAAAGCUCUAAGACUAAGAGAAAUAAAUCCUAACAAGCCUCCAAACAAUGUUUUAAUUUUCCGAUAGUCAUCCCAAGAAAGGCACAAAGAUAUUGUGACAAGCAAAAUCUUUGUAAGGUUGUUGGAUACAUUUUUUAAAAAGCCAAGAGAAUGCUAAGAAAGUGGACAAUACGUGGAUUAUACAUUUGCAGCUUCUCUGUUUAUCUUACAUCCUUCUCAUUUCCUUUCUGCAAGUUUUCAAGGGGGGUGAAUCUUUAGCUGGUUACCUUAUAUUUCCACUGACAACUUCACAUCCUCCUGAGAAACGCCAUGGUGGGUGACGGCUCUGACUGCAAUGGAGAGAAUGAUUUUUCAAAGCGCUUCUAUGCAGUCAUGUACGCAAUCAUCUUGGUUCCUGGACUGAUUGGGAACAUUUUAGCUCUCUGGGUAUUUUACGGGUAUAUGAAAGAAACAAAACGGGCUGUGAUUUUUAUGAUCAACCUUGCGAUCGCAGACUUGGCACAAGUUUUGUCUUUGCCGCUGAGAAUUUUCUACUACCUGUCAGAAAGUUGGCAUUUUGGGAAGGGGCUGUGCAUGUUUUGCUUCUAUCUGAAAUAUGUCAACAUGUAUGCAAGCAUCUACUUCUUAGUUUGCAUCAGUGUGCGGCGAUUUUUAUUCCUCAUGUAUCCCUUUAAGUUCAGCGACAGCAAGCGCAUCUACGAUGUGUACAUUUGCAUUGCUGGAUGGAUUCUAGUCUGCAUUGGCUGUUUGCCUUUCCCCCUUCUACGACUCACUUCUAACCAGACUCACCUUAGCAACAAAUGCUUUGUGGAUCUUCCAGUAAAGGCUGUUGAUGGUACCAUCUCUAUCGCAAUGAUGUCCUUUGGUGAACUGGCUGGAUUUGUAACGCCUUUGUUGAUCAUCCUCUAUUGUUCGUGGAAGACCAUCUUAUCUCUAAAAGAGAAGAAUUCCAUUUCCCAAGACCUUGGAGAGAAACGGAAAGCUCUAAAGAUGAUCCUGACUUGUGCAGUGGUCUUUCUGGUUUGUUUUGCCCCUUACCAUAUCAGCUUCCCUUUGGACUACUUUGUGAAAUCCAACAAGAUCAAAGACUGCUAUGCCCGAAAAGUGAUUUUGAUAUUCCAUGCAGUGGCCUUGUGCUUGGCCAGUUUAAACUCUUGUGUAGACCCCGUCAUUUAUUACUUUACCACGGAUGAGUUCCGAAGGCGGUUUUCAAGGCAAGAUUUACAGGACAGCAGUCAGCUCUGUAACACAUGCUAUGGGAAUACAAGUGCCCCAAAGCAGAGGAGUGCCAUUGGGAGAGUGGCAGAAAAUCCAAAUUACACAUUUUGUAAUGAGUUAACUGGCAGGGACCAAACUGAUCUUGUCAAUCCAUAG